UGUGAUAAUAGUGGGUAAGUAGCAUCUCUAAUGCAUCGCCAACGCCGGCUAUAUAAGUGGUAAUAGUGCAGGCUGCAGUAACAGUCAGGUUGAGACAUUGGAAGCACUUGGGUAUCACUCGCGUUUUGUAUUUCAGUUCAGACCACAAAGAUGGUGAAAAUGGGAUUACUUCCAGCAGUGCUUCUCGUCGCUCUAUUUGCCAUCAUCAGCACAUCACAGGCCAGUCCUGGCAGCCGUCCUCAAGAUUGCGCUAACCAAAUGUGCACAAUGGAAUAUGUCCCCAUUUGUGGCAGUGAUGGGAAUACAUACGGCAACAGGUGCGAAUAUAGGUAUGCAAAGAGAUGCAAAAAUCGCAAGCUGUCGAUUAAGUGCCACGGAGAAUGCAGUAACUGUAUGAGUGGGUGAUUAACGGAUGGUCUUGAUUAACAACGGAAGAGACAGUUUCAUAGGUAAAACAUAAAGCCAACUUUAUCAUUGAUGUAAUCCUUCAAGUAUGCCACUGUGGACUUGCUGGAGAAUUCUUCCAUGAAAUAUCUAUGCACUACUGCACCUUUCAUUGACUUUAUUAUCACUAAAGCAUUGCAUCAUUUAUGAACAAAAUUGUAAUAAAAUCUGCAUUUAAAAUUCAA